AACGUCAAUUUUCUGGAGUCUGCGCCCUAUUAUUGGGCCCAGUGCAGCGAUUUUGCACAAUGUAUUUAUCCACAUUUAUUGCUCCUUUUAAGCCCAUUAACAACAAAGAAUGUUAUAAUUUCACCAACUGAAAUGUGAGCGUCUCAAAAGGUCUCCCGGAACUGUCAAAAUUCCACUUGCAUCAUGACGGACGCAAGUGUCCCCAACAAUUUAGACGUCUACCUUAAAAAGAACGAAAACUUACCCAAAAAGAACUUGGACACCCAAAUGACUUCGAGCACAGUUUCGACCAUUUCCAGUCUCGCCUCUCCAGUUGAUUCUGGAGUGCAACUAUUGGAUAGUGAGAGCGAGUUAACCUCUGUGAUGUCAAAUGUUUCUGGUUGUGAUACUGAUGCUAUAGUACCAACUACAUACUCACACUCAAAAUUAGAAACUUCACCUCAAAAAGAUACUCACAUAGAGGACAGUCACAUUUGGACUGAAUUAAGAGAAGCUGUGUGUCAGAGCAAUGGUGCAAAAGGUCAGGAAUCAAUAGUGCAUCAGUUCACAGAAAGUGAUUUUGUGAAUAAAAAUGUUGUUGAUGAGAAGUUGCUUUCUCAAUCAGUCCCAAACUAUUUCGACAGGUUCAGCAAUGAAGCAAUAUCCCAUUUGGAAACAAGCAAGAGUUGCACCGAAGAGGUUUUCGAAAUGGAACAUCCGAUAAAAUCAAACACCGAAGUGGAUUUAAUGAAUAUUUCUCUUAAUAGUUAUGAACUAUUAGAUUAUACUUUGCAGAAUACUGACUUGAAAGCAGUGGUUGAACCUGAGCCAGUCGAUAUGCAUGUUAGUCUUUCUGAGGAAGUGAAUGAAAGUCUAAAGGUUGUUUUAGAUGGAAAAGACGCUCCCCCACCGAUAACAGAAGAAAUAUCGGUAGUGGAAAAUCCCGAGUCGAAACCGGCAGAAGAACAAAUCGUCUUUAGGAGACAAAGAAAGAAAAAAUCCAAGUCGGACACGCCUAAGAAACGAGUUUCCUUCCACGAGGACAUAUUGAACAGCACGAAAAUUGACGAUAUCCAUAUUAAUUUGGGCUUUAUUACCCAUGAACCUGAUGUAAGCUUCAGCUUUUUCCAGAGGGGGUUCGUAAGGAAACCGGAUGUCGUCAAAGGAAGAUAUAGUUGGGCGGCCGAAGGUGACGCCCCUUACUACGAAAAACCGGCGACAAACCGCGAAAUAAAAUCCGAUAUUUACUUACGUCACUCGUCCAGUUCUUCUAGUUCUACCGGGAGCGUGUCCAAUAGUUCCAUUGACGAAGAAGACAGCGGCUCAGACGAGAACGUCCCGAAAAAACAGCCCACGCAGAAACAACCUAAAAGCAGCUGCUUGAAAAAGACCAAACACAAGAACUACAUUGAUACAAAAAUCGUGCAUGAGGAGUCCAAUGUUAAAAAGAAGAAAUCGGAGAGUAAUUUAUUGGAGAGCGCGAUUUUCGGCAGUUUAAAGAAUAUUUUGAGUUUUUCUACGUCGGUGCCUUUGGCAGAAAGAGGUGUCCCAGAGGGUCAGGAGGACGUGGCAAUUUAUUCAUCCUCCCACGACAUUUCUGGCAGAAAAAAAUCGAACUUUUCAUUUCAGGAUGCUGAGCCUGUAGCGGAAGUGGCCGAGGUGAAAGCUGAACCUCUAAACCAAGUACACUUGGCGAAAACCAACUUGAAACUGACGAAAAGCGAGGGCUUUUAUCCGAACUACCCGAACCAAGAGGUUUCCGGUAACAUCAUCCUUUGCGACAGUAACGUAUAUGAACAUAAAGGAAUCAGUUACUCGUACGAGUACGACAACUUCCAGAAAACGUUCGAGCAACAGCAGCAGCCGAAACCGAAGAGUUCUUUACUGUACCGGAAUAUUUUGAAGGAGUUCAACUUUUUUAAGAGGAAGGCCCAAGAAGAACCGCCCAGAGAAGACUUCGAAAUAAUCCCGAACUUAUCAAGCCCAGCCGAUCCAGACGUUUCCAUUGAAGAGGUCCAGGAAGUCCAAGUGUCCGAUUACGAACCGAAAGUAACCUCGAGCACUCCAAAGAGCAAUUUAAGUAAAUACGCCUCGUCCACGCGACUGGAUUGGUCCGAUAAUGAAACCGUAUCGGAUAUGAGCGAGAGCAAACAUUCCAGACACCUGGAUUCGCCUAAAAGGAGGAUUAAGAGGAAUAAUCAUUACGCUUUGUCUCCUUUUAAGGCUUCUUUAACGGAACUCUACCCAUCAGAACCGACGGAAUCCAAAUCUCUCCCGAACUUACGACCCUCCACGUCCAAAACCUCCUUGAUCAACCGCUUCUUAAAGAACGUAACGUUAAAGAAGAUGCUGGACGUUAAAUCGCAGAGCGUUUUAAAGAGGACACGCAGUUACUUGGGGUUGUAUCCGACUAAGGGUGUUGUCCAGUUUAAUCCUGAUGUGAAUUUGGAAAUAAAUGAAUCAUUGGAGCAAGAAAUCGCCACUGGCAGAGCAGAGAUGGCAAAAAGUGGAACGUGCUUAGAUAGGAAGCUGGCUAAUAAUUUAAGGAAGCAAAUCUUUAGGAAUCCUUCGGAGCAGCUAUUAAGGGUAUUUCCGAUUCGUAGCGCCUACACAACAAACGGCGACAGCAAACCCCUACUGCUAAUCCUCUCCGGUAGGGCGCUCUAUAUCGCAGACGCGAAACAAAACGCGACAUUCGUCACCCAUUUCGUGCUGCCCUACACCGAUUUGAACGCCAUAUUGAUCGGACCAAGUGCCCAAACGAUCCACUUCUCCAAUAACGAGUUGGACAUGCAGUGCAUCGUCACCACCGGGUGUUCUAAGAUCACCAACGAUCUUAUUGGACAGCUCGAGUUGGCCAUGAGGAGGGACGUAGUGAACAAGCCACGACUGCCUGCCGUAAGGAAUCUCGAAAUGAUCGAUAUGGUGAAUUUGAGGAAAGCGGUUUGUAAACAGACUGCCGUAGAUAAGGAAGAAGAAUAUUUUUAUUACAGCAUCGUUAACAUACAAGAUUUCGUACCGGAAGACGUCCCUACGCCCCUGGGGCCGAGCAAAGAAGGCCCCCUUAUGUUCAAAACGUCCGAGUGCGAAUCCAACAGAUGGGAAACCGCUUAUUUUAUACUCAAGGCCGGGGUGCUUUAUAUGCUCUCCUCGGUUUCCCAAAGGGUCCCGAUGCGGGUAUUCCCUUUGAUCAACGGCGCAUGUCAGGGUGCCCGACGUGUAUUCAACACUCACAGACCGCACACCUUCCAGCUAAUAAUCGAAGGUAACGGUUUACUUUUAGCCGCACCCGAUGAGUAUGUGGCCAGCGAGUGGCUGCAAGAGUUGAUACAUGCCGCUAGUGGUGUCUACGGCUACAAGGACAGAAAUAUAACGCAGUCCUGUUCCCUUUUGAUGACUAGCGAGCACGUGUUGACCGUAAGGGAGGCGUUUCCUUGCACGAUAAGUUCGCUUUUGCCCCCCGGGGGUCAACAUGAACCGAUUAAGGGGCCUCAGGCGCUGUCUUGCGCCGCUAUAAGCGAUUUGGUGUCUUUUAGGCUUCCCUCGGCCGAACAAAGCUGGUGUAUACUGGAAUUUUCGUGUAGAGAAGUCCACGAAUACAGCGGCGACUGGAUCAUUUACUUUUCAACAAACGCGGAGCUAGAAACCUUUAUUUCGACCCUGGAAAUGCUUUGGCAGUAUAGCAAUGAGGAGGGCGAUUGUUUUCCGGUGAGCACUAUACCAGAAACCGAUCCUUUAAGUAAGAAAUGCGUCGACGUCUAUAACUCUUUAAUCGAAUCGUGGUCUCCAAAUCCGAACACUGUACACCUUCAGUUCUUGUAAGCAGGAAAAUUAACAGAUUUGUUAAUUUAUAAAAAUGCUCCGUUAUAGUUUUAAGUAGCUAAUUUGAUUGAAGUAAUUUUUUUUUAACUGUUUACUUUAAGUGCCUUUUAGUUUAAUUCAUAUUGAAAAUAUCCGGAAGUUGGUUUUCUGUAGGUAUUGGAUACUGUCGAAGAGGAAAAUGGUUUUUUUUUAUAUUAAGAAGUAAAAACGUAUCUAAACAAAGACAGCGUAAUUAAAAUGUAAAUAUUAUCUGUUACUGCUCAACUUUUUAGUAAAAUGACACACCCUUAACGUAUGUGGCACAUAUAUAACAAACCUUUUACUUACGAAAUAAUUGUAACUUGAUGAACGAAUUAUAGACUUAUUCAACAUUAACGAAACUUUAUAAAAAAAAAAAAGAUGAUCUUUCUAGAAGCAAAUCACAGUCUUAAUAGUCCAAAGUUUGAUUUCAAAACCUCCAGAAGCAUUAAUGAUGCGAUAUUUCCUAUACCAGAGAGCUUUUACUUGAAGCUCAAUGGUCAGGAGGUUGCUGCAGUAGUUUUCUAUGAUUUGAUAAAAGCUUUUGACUCUGUAUCACAUCAAAUAUUGCUGUCUAUUAUUUACGUCAAUAAUCUGCAGUCAGCAGGUGUUGUUACAAGUUCUUCAAUGAAGGGUCAAUGAGGAUUUACGAAGUAUUGAGAAUUUCAGUUGCCUUUUAAUCUUAAAGACUAAUAUCGUAAAUGUGUUUUAAAAUGAAGAACGUAUCAAAUCUGGCAGCAGAAUGCUUUGAAUUAUUGAAUAUUUAGUACGUCGGGUAACUUGGUGAUUUUCUUACCUUAUCAUUUGUUUCGCUUCGUCUACAAGACUGACUUUAUUUAGUUACGUUUAUACGAUUGCCUAAAAAGCAAAUAAAUCAACUAACUUCUGGAUAUCUAAAGAUUAAUCGUUACCAUCCAGGUGGUACUAUUGAAACAGUUCUAUUUGUUGACCAUAUUUCUGAACUAAUUAUACUCAUAAUGCUUGAAUACUUCCCUCUUAAAAAGUAUGUUACUCUCCAACAACAUAUUUAACCGAAAUUUAAGCUUAGCGAAUUUCAAAAAAUAGAACUUGUACCCUUCUAGUCAUUUUUCUUUAUAUAUAUACUAUAUUAAGAAUUAAAAAAAAUGUUAAGGUAUUCAUAUUGUGAUAGAUUUUUUGUAAUCGGAAUUAUUUAGGAACGAAACUAAUAAUGAUUGAUAUUCUAAAAACGCUUUGUUGAUGCACAUUGUAUUUAAGGCGCAACUAGUUAUUUUUUAUUUAUUGAAUAUGCCCGAGCUAUAGUGUUGUAAUUAU